AUGCCAUCCAAUCCAAGUUCAAGUUGGUUAAAUCUUCAGAAUAUAUACUAUAGUCUCAACUCAUGCUAUGAUAAUUUGAAUUGGUCAAUUGCAAAUCUUUAUACUGAUUAUAAGGUUGCCAUUUCAGGUCAAACCACAUUAUUAGCAUUAUCAUCAAAACAUGUUCCCCAUCCUAAUAUCAUCGAAAUUUAUUCAAUUAGUGGAGAUAAACUUUGGUCAAUCGUAUAUAACAAUCGACCUGAAGAUCAUAUAGUUGAUUAUCAUUUCAGAAAUGAAGAUUUGUGCCUUGUUUUCAAUAAUAAUAGAUAUAGGUAUUAUCUGGACUUUAAGACAACUUUCAAUGAAUACGAUUAUACUGAAAAUAUCAUUAAACUCGAGAACUUAUCGAGUCAAUUCGAUAGCUCUACUGUUUCAAACAAUGGUCAUUAUAUCACUGACUUGGAAAAUAAUGAAACUGAAGAGGUAUUCCAAGUAUUGGAAGUUAAGCUUUGGAAGGACUAUCUUGUGAUACGACAAUCUCAAAGAAUAAUCAUCAGUGAUUUGAAUACUUUCACCAAUUAUGAAAUAUCGUUACAAUCAUUAGAUCUGACCCAGAUUCAUAAUAUAUGCUUCACUUCCACUACGAAUGAUAUUUUGAUCUCUUAUAAGGAUACAGUUAUUGUAUGUAAAGUGGAAUUGUUAUUUAAUAAUUAUGAAUUGAUAGAUCAAGGAUUAACUGAUGGUCCUUUCACAUCCGUCUCCCCAUCUCCUAAUGGUGAGUUGAUAUGUUUAUUCAAUGAUAAGACUUCAACAGUAUAUGUUAUCAAUAAUAAGUUUGAUAGAAUCUUGUUGGAAUAUAAUACUUCAGAUGAAUCAAGUAUACCUUAUCAGAUAGCAUGGUGUGGAGGUGACGUUAUAGUUUUAUCAUUAAGAGAUGAAAUUAAAUUAAUUGGACCAGGUCAACUGUCAAUAUCUCACUAUUAUGAUCUUAUAGAAGAAGAUGAAAAUGAAGAUGAAUUUGAUCUAGAUAGAUUAUUAAGAGGAAAUACUACUGCCCCAAUUGUGACCGAUGAUCAAGAUUUAAGCUAUGUCAUUCCCAUAUUAAAAACGGAAUCAGAUGGUCUUAAAAUAAUCACUUCUAACAAAAUUCAAUUCCUUUCUAGAGCCCUGGAUUCAGCUAUUCUGUUGUAUCAAAUCGGUUCAUCUCAUCCUGCUAGUAUUUUAUUAGAUUGUAUUGAUAAAUUAGCUGUCCAUUCUUCUAAGGCUGAUACCAAUAUUUCCUUGCUCAAAGCGGAUGGCACAUUACUAACUGCUAUGAAAACUUGUUUAACAGUGGCAUUAGAAGAAUUCAAUCCAUUCUGGCAAAAGAAAAUAUUGAAAGCGGUUUCAUUUGGAAAGGCGUAUUAUGAUGAUGGUUAUUAUAACAGUGAUGAUUAUUUGAAUACUUUGAAUACAAUCCGAGUAUUAAAUCAAUUAAGAUCGUCUUCAGUGGGGAUCUUUUUAACCAUUAAUGAAAUCUUAGAAGCUGGUUGGAAAGAAGUUAUCUUAAUGUUGUUAAGACGAGAUUUACAUUUGAUUGCUAUAAAAGUAAUUGAAUCAUUAAAAUUAACUGAUCUCAAGAGUUUAGUAUAUGUACAUUGGUGUUGUUAUAAGAUUAGAAAGGAAGCUAACUCAUCUGAUGCUGAGCUAUUCGAUCUUGUUAAGAAGAAAUUAACCAACGACACAUCAGUCAAUACUAUUUCAAUGGAAAAGAUUUCUCAAGUAGCUUAUGAAGAAGGUAGGAUUAAUUUGUGUAAGUUAUUAAUUAAAUUGGAACCUUCGAUAAAGCAAAAGAUGUUACAAUUUUUGAAAUAUGAAGAAUUGGAAUUGGCCUUGACUGAAUCUAUUCAAAGUGGUGAAUAUGAUUUAUCUCGAAUCAUAUUAUUGUAUUUACAAGAUACGCUUACACUUUCACAGUUUUUCAGAGUACUUAAUCAAAAUGAAAUCAAAGAAAGUGAAAUUGUUUCUGAUAGACUUUUCAUCGGUGAUGAAUUGGUUGGAAACCUUUGGAUAAAUGGUAUUGGAAAGGAUGAUAUAGAUACAUUGGAAGCAUAUUAUACACAAGAGGAUAAAAUUAUACAAUUAUCAAAUACGAAAUUGAAAAUAUUCAUUGAAGAAGCAGAUGAUACUGAUGAAUCUUAUUAUAAGUCUUAUAAAUCUCGAUUACAAAAAUCAAUCAAUAGAUCGAAUAUUAAAAGAAUCAAUAAAUUAUAUCAACAUGAACUUGAUAUUUUAGAACUUCAGAAACGACUUGGAGAAACUUACUUAACUAACUUCUAUAAUGAUAAAGCAAUAUCAUCAAUAUUAGUAAGAUUAAUCGGUAUGAAUCAAUUAAAACCAGCCGCAAAGAUAGUCAAAGAUUUUAAAGUCACUCCCGAAAAGUAUUGGAAUCUUGUGGUUGAGACGUAUGCUUCAGCUAAAGAGUUUGAGAAAUUAUAUGGUUUCAUUACUGAUAUAAAUGAUAUUGCCAAUGUUAAAUCCCCUAUUGGAUUUCAACCUUUCGUAGAAGCUUGUUUCAAAUAUGGAGGUCCAAAAGAUCAUAUUACUAAUUAUAUUAAGAAUUGUACUAAUAUUGAUUAUUCUGAACGAGUGAAAUACUUUGUUAAGAAUCAAGACUAUGAAUUAGCAGGUCAAGAAGCAUUUAAAGUUAAAGAUGUAAGAAUAUUACGAGAUUUAUUAAAAUAUAAUCUUGAUGAUCAAGUUAAAACUUCCAUUAAUGAGUAUAUAGCUAAAUUAGGUUAUUAA